AUGAGUGUAGUCCUAAAAGCACUCUGCACGAGUACUCGAAAGGAGCCGAAUGCAGGAGAUGGUGGAGCGUACAAAUGUACAGCAAGGAACCAGUUGGGCGAAUCAAACGCCAACAUCAACUUAAAUUUUGCAGGAGGUGGCGAUGAGAACAAGUCCAAAGGACCAUCGUUCGUCGGAAAGCCACGAAUUAUCCCAAAAGACGGUGGAGCUUUAAUAGUGAUGGAAUGCAAAGUAAAAAGUCCCACACCACCAGUGGCCAAAUGGUUGAAAGACGGCGUGCCACUGCAGAUGGGCGGCCUCUAUCAUGCCAUUUUUGUCGACCUUGGUGAUCAAACAUAUUUAUGUCAGCUGGAAAUCAGGGGUCCGUCCGCUUCUGAUGCUGGCCAGUAUCGCUGCAACCUUCGAAACGACCAGGGUGAGACAAAUGCCAAUCUCGCUCUGAACUUCGAAGAACCUGAUCCCAAUGAGAAGCAAGAGAAGAAGGGGCGCCGAUCCCCGUCAGAAAAGAGAAAAGACACAGCAUCGCCUCGCCCUCCGUCCCGUAACGGAUCUCGCCCAGGAAGUCCCAAAAAAGCCCUCAAGUCCCGAGAGGGUACACCAAAGCGAAGUCUGAAAGGCAGAGAAGGAUCACCUUCGAAAAAGUCGAUGAGGUCCCGAACAUCGACUCCAGUACAAGAAUCCGGAAACACUCUCGCACCCGAAGAUGCUGCCGCUAACGGAGAGGCGAGGAGGUCCAGCAAAACCGUGGACAAGAUGGAGGUUGAUGCAGCUACUUCCAAACGCAAACCUGAGGGUCUCCCUGUCCCACCCUCAACUGAAGAGAAGAAGAUGCGCACGUCCUCUCCAGUGCCACCAUCGUCUGAGGAGCAGAAGAUGAACACUGCUUCACCGGCGCCUUCCGCGUCCGAAGAAAAAAUAGAACGCUCACACUCUCCCAAGCCACCAGCGCCCGAUGAGAAGAAGACACGCGCCAAAUCACCGUUACCUCCUCCAUCUGACGAGAAGAAAGCCCGCUCGAAGUCUCCCGUACCACCUCCAUCUGAAGAGAGGAAACCUUCAAAGUCCCCGAAGCCACCUGAACCCUCUUCAAAGGCAGCUGCGUCCCAGAGCAAACGAGACAAAUUCACUCGACCGCCCAUUGUCAUGGAGGCAAUUCGAUCACAGACAGGCAAACCGGGCGAUACAGUUCAUUUGGAAGUGGAAUGGCAGUGCCAUACGUCAACUAUCAUCGAAUGGUUCAAGUGA